CAACCAACCGACCGACCGAGGUCGGACGGACGGCGCGCGCGCGCGCGUGUGUGUGGUGGUCCAUUAGGUCCUCCCUCUCCCACAAAAGUGGGUCACCCCAAGGGGCAUGCCCUUGGGAGAGAGGCUCCUAUCUUUAUACACAUUUCACCAAGUAAAACUACCAAUGUGGUAGUUUUUUCCACUAGAGACUCUAUAGCUUUCAAAGCUAUUCAUAUACAUUCAUUUCCAACAGAUCACAAUCAACUCAAUUUAAUAAUGUCAGCAGUAAAGGAGUAGUUCGCUUGAAAUAAGAGUUUGGUUUACUGAUAUUAUCAUUAAUCUGCAAUAUGAAUAUUCUAUGUUCGAAUCUCAAGUGACACUUGACAAUCAAAAUAAAACUACGGCACCCUCGUAAUUAAAAAAAAAUUGACGGGAGGUCGACAGAACAAAGUUAAUUGAAUAAAGAAUAUGAGACCAAUAUUCACUCACACUAACGUUGGUCAAAAAUCGGUUGAACUCUUUAAUUGAUCAACCGUUCGUCUAUAAAAAGUUGUCUAUCAUUCCUCCGAGAAUCUAUUUAUCUAUCUAUAAAUACACACUUUCUCCAUUUGAACUUUGUUCAAAUUUUGAUGCAUCCAUGUCAUCAUCUUUUAUAUCCAUUAAGAUUUUUUCUUCCCAUUUAUUUUGAUAUCUCUUUUCUUUUUUCAGUUCAUCUACUAUUCUUAACGUGACCAUAUAUAUUUCUUUUCAUGUCCAAAUUCAAAUAUUUUUGUGCAAAAAAAGUAAAAUUUUAUGUGGAAUGCACAAUGAUGUUAAUUUUUAUAUAUGUUGAAAUAAAAAAUUAGAAAGACAUUAACAUAAACAUAAAUUUACGUGUUAUUCCCUUUAGAAAGACAUGAACAUAAUCGUGUAUUUACGAGUUAUAUUCAAAUAAUAACUAUAUUAUAUAAAUGUUGGUGAAUUCUAUAUCACAAAAAUACAGGACCUUUUCAUGUACCAUCAUAAUUUACAUAGGUGCAUUCCUAUUUACAAAAUUAACUAACUAUCUAUAUCGUAAUACUGACAUUUUCAUUUGUAUACAUAACUAUUAUAUAUGUAUAGUUUUUUUUUUUAAUAAUGAUUAUAUGAAUAGGUUAUUCUAUAGAAAAAGUUCCUUGAACGGAUUUUAGUAUAAAAAAAGUUAUAUCUUCCGCAAACGGGCUAGCUUCCUUUUUAAUUUCAUUUUUUUCUCACUUCCUCUACAUUUCUCGUUACCCUUUUCUUCUCUCCCGCCAUGGAAGAAGCACCCAGCAGCAAGCCCGCCACCACGAGCAACAAAUCCCACAAGCACAACAAUGGCAACAACAACGGCAACCAAACGGGCGUGGUGAUUGGAGGGUUUUUGGAGACGACCAAAUCCGACAGGUCGGUGUGGCUCAUGAAAUGCCCUUCUCUCGUCUCUCGCUCCCUCCGCUCGCCCUUCCCCGAUGAUCCUUCACGCCCCGUCGCCAAAGUCGUCGUCUCCGUCGACCCUCUCAACUCCAACGACGACGAAUCUUCUACCCAGUUCACCAUGGAACUGGCUGCCACGGAAUCGGGAGAUGCACCGAAAUCAUACAUUUUGGAUAUGUCCAAGGACUUCGUUCCAAUGUCUGUAUUUGCUGAGUCGCCUCAAGGAAAGGUCUUUGUGGAGGGGAAAAUACUGAACAAAUUUGACGUGAAGCCGCAUACUGAGAGUCUUGAAAAAUAUGGGAAACUUUGUCGUGAGAGGACAAAGAAGUAUAUGACCAGGAAUAGGCAAAUCCAGGUCAUUGAUAAUGACAAAGGAACUCACAUGAGGCCUAUGCCCGGGAUGAUGACAACCUCUUUUACUGUGCAUGAAAAGAAGAAGCCGCCAGCCAAAGCAUCUGAAACUAAAAGGACAAGAAGGGACCGUGGAGAGAUGGAAGAUAUUAUGUUCAAGCUAUUUGAGAGGCAACCAAAUUGGACUUUGAGACAACUUAUUCAAGAAACUGAUCAGCCUGAGCUAUUUCUGAAGGACAUACUGAAGGAGCUCUGCGUGUACAACAAUAAGGGAAGCAAUCAAGGAUCAUAUGAGCUGAAGCCAGAAUACAAGAAAUCAAGUGAGCCAGAUCCAGCUACUUGAAGGAAAAAACUCUCAAGUGCUGAGAAUGGGAAUUUCAUAAUAACACCGAUUCCCAGUGCUUCCGUUAGCUGCAGGUUAACUUAUUCUUGGAUGGCUUAGUUCAUGUAAAGGCUCCAGUGCCAGGUUAGGACGUAGUAGGGCCUUGAAUGGGACCUAACCUGGGGCGUCUUUUCCGCUAAUUAUUUGUUGCUGCAUCAACAUGAAUUUAGAAAUAGAGUAGGUUUAACCAGGUAAGUGAUCGGUUGAAGUCCGAUUCCUAAUGGACGGAGGGCCAAUUUGUGUCCUCAGUGAUUACAUUGAACUGCCAUCGAUAGAACUGUAAAUAAUAAUUCAUGAAAGAGCAGGUUGCAUCUUCCUUUCUUUCUUCCUCCUUAUUCCACUUAUGUACAGAGUUGUAUCAUGUGAGUCUGUUACCAUACCUUCAGAAACAUUGUUGCCUGGAUCUGUUGUCUGUGAUUUAGCAGCCUCGGAAAAUGGCAGGCCAUUUACAUCUUUCUAUACAUGAAUCCUAUAUGGCCACUUUCAACUCUUGGGGAUCAACAAAGGACCGACUGGUUCUUUGAGUGGAAUUUGUGAACUGUGACAGGUGAUGUUUGUGAGUGAGUAAUUAUGUUCUUGGAUGCCAUUGACAUGGUAUACAGUUCUUCCAGGGAAACAAAAUUAUAAUAGUGCAGUGCAGUGCAGUUACUUUGAUUGAUAUGCUGUGAGGCACUCAGCAAAUGGAGGGUUUUAAUUAGUUGUACCAAACUUUAGCAUUUGAUUUCUGCUGCAGAUAUGCUGUUGUCUGUGUGGUGUGGAUAGCAGCAGCAUAUGAGUGCACUGCAGGAUUUGGUAGGUGGGCUUGAUUGCUACAAUCACCUCGUUUUUUAUUUGCAUUUGGCAAAUCAAAUAAAUGGCAAGUAAAGGUCUCGACAUCUUAGAAUGCUUCCAGAAGCGGGCCAUGCUGCUGAAAACGAAUGCUCCACGUGAAAAAAAAUGGUUGCUCCGAAUUUGUUAAUAACGAAAUCAUGGUUUUGCUUAGUUAAUGAUUUGAGUGAGUGGUAAAUGAGAUAGACGUAGAUACGUGUUUAUAUCUAAUGUGUUUAUAUCUAAUCUGCUUUUUUAAUAUAUUUAUACGUGUUUAUAUCUAAUGUGUUUAUAUCUAAUCUGCUUUUUUAAUAUAUUUAUAACGUAUUCGAGAUUAUCUCGUUCGUUAGUGUGAAACUCAACUUUGGUUCCUCCAACACCAGGACCAUUUAGUGCCUACUUAAUUGUGAGCAACUGCCCACCACUAGUCUAUAGAGUAAGUGAGCAACAAAACCAGUUGAGAUGAGAAUAUACCUAACCCAUUUAUAUUGGAUGGCCAUUGACCAACUUUGCAGGGUUUUAUGGAUUAGGUCCAUGUGGUUGCUAAUUGCUAUAUGCUCCAUUUUUUCUUGAAACAACUUUUAGGUUAUUGUGUUGUUUACUGUAGUUUUGACCAAGUUGUAUCAGUCUAGUUAUUUUGCUAACGGCAUAAGUUGUUAGUAUAUACUAACUAAUAUCUAAAAUGUAUGAACAGAUAUACAAGUCUGCUGAUUUUUCUAAAGUAUCUAUAUAGCACAGACUAGUAUUCAAAACAAUACAAACUAGUAUCCAGU